AUGGCAUCCCGACCAGAAAUCAAGGAGGAGGACGAGUCAGGCUUCUGCAAGUUCUUCCGCAACUUGCCUGACAAAGAUGACGAGACGGUGCGCAUCUUCGACCGGGGUGACUACUACAGCGCCCAUGGCGAAGAUGCCAAGUUCAUCGCAAACACAGUUUACAAAACCACAGCCGUCAUCCGUAAGCUGGGACGGGAACCGGGCCUCGAGUCGGUCACCAUGACCAUCACCGUUUUCCGCAACUUCCUCCGCGACGCACUCUUCAGACUUAGCAAGCGUAUCGAGAUAUGGCAAUCUACAGGCAAGCGGAUGGACUGGAAGGUGGUCAAGCAGGCCUCACCCGGUAAUCUGCAGGACCUAGAAGACGAACUGGGUGGUCAGAUGGAGAAUGCACCAAUAAUAUUAGCAGUCAAAGUGUCAGCAAAAGCAUCAGAAGCGCGCAAUGUGGGCGUGUGCUUCGCAGACGCAAGUGUACGAGAGCUUGGCGUCACAGAGUUCCUCGACAACGACCUCUACUCCAACUUCGAAUCGCUUCUGAUUCAGCUGGGCGUGAAAGAGUGCCUGAUACAGGUCGAUACAUCCAAGAAGGAUGUGGAGCUGGGCAAACUUCGGACCAUCGCCGACAACUGCGGUUGUGCGGUAGCAGAGCGGUCGGCGACGGACUUUGGCACAAAGGACAUUGAACAGGAUCUCCCGCGGCUACUGAAGGACGAACGGGCAGCCGGCUCGUUGCCAUUGACAGAUCUGAAGCUGGCCAUGGGCUCGGCUGCAUGCUUGAUCCGGUACCUGGGACUCAUGUCAGACUCUUCCAACUUCGGACAAUACCAGCUCUACCAACACGACCUCUCACAAUACAUGAAGCUCGACGCUGCGGCGCUGAAGGCACUCAACCUCAUGCCUGGACCACGAGACGGCGCAAAGAAUAUGAGCCUGUACGGGCUGCUUAAUCACUGCAAGACACCUACUGGUAGCCGACUACUAGCACAAUGGUUGAAGCAGCCUCUGAUGAACGUCAAGGACAUUGAGCGACGGCAGCAGCUGGUUGAGGCCUUCGUCAAUGACACUGAGCUGAGACAGACGAUGCAAGAAGAACACUUACGUUCAAUACCAGAUCUGUACCGACUUGCAAAGAAGUUUCAACGCAAGGCCGCAAAUUUGGAAGACGUUGUGCGAGCAUAUCAAGUCGUCAUCCGGUUACCCGGCUUUCUCAGCUCCCUUGAGGCGGUGAUGGACGAGCAGUACAAGGAACCGCUCGAUGCGGAGUACACAGACAAGCUUCGCCAAUACAUGACGGCAUUCGCGGGACUACAAGACAUGGUGGAGACGACAGUGGAUCUCGAAGCGCUCGACAACCACGAGUUUAUCAUCAAGCCUGAGUUCGAUGAAUCGUUAAAGACUAUCCGGAAGCGUCUGGAUAAGCUCAAGCGCGACAUGGAGUCAGAGCAUAUGCGUGUGGGCGAUGACCUCAAUCAAGACACUGAUAAGAAGCUUUUCCUGGAAAACCACAAGGUCAAUGGCUGGUGCUUCCGACUUACUCGUAACGAAGCCGGCUGUAUCAGACAAAAGAAGCAAUACCAGGAGAUCUCGACACAGAAGAACGGUGUGUACUUCACCACUAACACACUACAAGAAAAGCGACGAGAGUUCGACCAGCUCUCCGAGAACUACAACCGCACUCAAUCCGGUCUUGUCAACGAGGUCGUCUCAGUAGCAUCAUCCUACGUUCCCGUCGUCGAGAAACUCGCCGCCGUGCUCGCACACCUCGAUGUCAUCGUCUCCUUCGCCCACGUCUCUGUUCACGCACCGACCUCCUAUGUUAGACCCACAAUGCAUGCGCGCGGCACUGGCAACACCGUCUUGACAGAGGCACGUCACCCUUGCAUGGAGCAGCAAGACGACAUAUCCUUCAUUACAAAUGAUGUUUCACUCGUACGCGACUCCAGCGAAUUCCUAAUCAUCACUGGUCCCAACAUGGGUGGAAAAUCUACAUAUAUCCGCCAGAUUGGCGUCAUCGCCCUCAUGGCACAGAUUGGCUGUUUCGUCCCAUGUUCAGAAGCUGAGCUGACCAUCUUUGACUGUAUACUUGCUCGUGUCGGUGCAAGCGACAGCCAGAUCAAGGGCGUGUCAACCUUCAUGGCCGAGAUGUUGGAAACAGCAAACAUUCUCAAGUCUGCCACAAAAGAGUCCCUCAUCAUCAUCGACGAGCUUGGUCGCGGAACAAGUACGUAUGAUGGUUUUGGUCUUGCCUGGGCGAUUUCCGAAUACAUCGUGAAGGAAAUUGGUGCUUUCGCGUUGUUCGCCACACAUUUCCAUGAGUUGACCGCGCUUGUGGACACAUAUCCACAGGUGCAGAAUUUACACGUCGUAGCCCACAUCUCAGAAGGCACUGCUCCUGCCAAUGGUGAUGCAGAUGCAGAUGUCGACAUGGACGCCACCGCUGUGCAGAAGAAACGCGAAGUCACUCUCCUAUACAAAGUCGAACCUGGCUUCUCAGAUCAGUCUUUUGGUAUCCACGUCGCAGAACUCGUCCGUUUCCCACAAAAGGUCAUUAACAUGGCGAAGCGGAAGGCAGAUGAACUGGAAGACUUUGCAGGCAAACAUGAGGAAGGUUACGUGCAAGCGAGUAAGGAGGAGGUGGAGGACGGAAGUCGCAUGCUGAAAGAAGUAUUGGAGAAGUGGAAGGAAGAGGUACAGAGCAAGGGGCUAACGAAGAAGCAACAAGUAGAGAGGAUGAGGGAGCUGGUCAAGGAGAACCCGAAGCUCAUGGCGAAUGGAUUUUUCAAAGGCAUUCAGGCCUUGUGA